AUGGCAACAACAUUAACAACCAUAACAGACAGACCAACUUCGACGAGUAUAGGUCCAACGACGACAACAAAAGCACCAACUGAAGCUCCAACUACAACAAAACAAUCUACAACCGCCCCAGCAGGACUCACCACUACAACUGAAAGUCCAACAACAACAAAAUCCACAACCAUGCCUGCUGGACCCUCCACCACAACGGAAGGUCGGACAACUUCAACUAAACUAACAACCAGACCCACAGAAAAAACGACAACGGGUGAAGGUCGAACAACAACAACUAAAAUAACAACCACACCCACAGAAACGACCACAACAGGUGAAGGUCGAACAACACCAAAAUCUACAACUACACAACCAAGAUCCACCACCACAACUGAAGGUUCAAAAAUAACAACAACAACCAAAUCAACAACUGCGCCGUUAGGAACAACGACCACGACUGAAGGGCCAACAACAACAGAAUCAACAACAACACCGUAUGGAGCAUCCACCACAACCAAAGGUGCAACAACAACUAAAUCAACAUCCACACCCACAGGUUCCACCACCACAUCUGAAGGUCCAACAACUACUAAAUCUACAACCAUGCCUGCAGGACCCACCACCACAACCGAAGGUCCAACGACUACAACUAAAUCUAAAACCACACCCACAGGAAUCACGACUACCAGUGAAGGACUGACCACCACAACGAAGGUCAAACGCCACAAACUAAAUCUACAAUCAACCCACAGGAAUCACUACAACCAGUGA